GUUGUUGUUUUUUUUAUAGCACGCCUCGUGGCAUUCCUGUGUGCGCGCGAGCGUGCGCGAGCGGGUCUCGGUCUCGGUCUCGCGCGAUUCCGUUACUGAAAUAUCGCGAAGUUUUCUCGCUGUUGUGGCACCAGUAGUUUCAGGGAAAUCCAAGAAAGGUGGAGACUUCGGGAUAACUUCCUGCACUGUACACGUAAAGCAGAGAAAAUAAAGGGGACCUUAUCUCGGAAACAACCGCCAAGUCGUCGUGAAGGGCAAAAACCGCAUGGAUUUAUUUCGCGUAUCAUCACAACAACAACAAUAAUAAUAAAAAGAAGAAGAAGAAGAGCAGCAAUUAAAGAGGAUCCACGUCAGCGCACAUCUGAGCCACACGGAUAGAUAAAUAAUACACAAAGCUAGCAAACAAGCUGCUAGCUAACGUCGGCUUACAGGCGCUCGCGCACCAACGGGCAGUAAUGGUUGAAGUGGUGGUGGAGUUUGACUAUGAAGCAGCACAUGAAGAUGAACUGACCCUUCGACCCGGCGAUGUAAUCAAGAAUGUGCGCCGAAUAGAAGAAGAAGGAUGGAUGGAAGGUGACCUAAACGGACGAAGAGGCCUUUUCCCAGACAACUUUGUCAAGGAAUUGAGAAAAGAAUCAAAAGAAGAAACUAAGGAAGUAAAAGAGGUGAAGGAAGUGAAGGAAGUGAAGGAGGUGAAGGAGGUGAAGGAGGAAGCACAGCGAAGGUCAUCAGGAAAUGUGGCCAGUCUGGUGCAGAGAAUCAGCACUUAUGGCAUUCCAGCAGGAGGCUUAGGCUUCCAGCCUCGAACGUCAAAAAAGAAACUGAAAAAACGUCAUUGCAAAGUUCUGUUUGAGUAUGUGCCGCACAACGAGGACGAGUUGGAGCUGAAAGUGGGCGAUAUCAUCGAAAUCUCAGAGGAGGUGGAGGAAGGGUGGUGGAGUGGGAUCAUGAAUGGAAAGACUGGACUCUUCCCCUCUAACUUUGUCAAAGAAAUCGAAACAAGUGAGGAUGGUGAGAGCAACGAUGUGCCCGAGGAGCCAGACAUUAAAGAUGAGGUCAGCAGUCCAGUUUCCCCUGGAAACGGGGUCAUCGCACAGCCUAAAAAGAUCAAAGGUGUUGGGUUUGGCAACAUUUUCCGUGAAGGCUCAGUGAAGCUCAAACCUCGCUUGUCUGAGUCAGAGGACAAGAAAGAAAAACCUGUCCCGUCAUUACCGUCAGCCCCCAAGCCCAGUCCCGUAAACACGGCCGAUGCUAACAAAAUGGAGAAAGACGGAGACGGCAAAAGUAAAGUAAAGGAAUACUGCAAGGCCAUUUAUAAUUAUGAAGCUACAAACCAGGACGAGCUAGGCCUCAAGGAAGGUGACGUCGUUAAUGUAAUAAGCAAGGAUACGGGCGAGCCAGGCUGGUGGAGAGGAGAGCUGAAUGGGAGAGAGGGAGUGUUUCCUGACAACUUUGUGGUGCUGAUUUCAGACUCAGAAAAAGAGACAUUCUUAUCCAAAGGCUCAUUUAAACAGACCCCCAAACAAGAAUCAGAAGAGAAGCCGAGGAAGCCGCCACCACCGUCCAAAUCUGCAGCAUUGAAGCCAGAGGUCCCGAGUACUGACAAAAAACCUGCACAGUCGCGAGCUGAAGAUAAAGUUGACAGGGCUCUGGGAGACAAACCUGCCAAGCCAGCUCCCAUUGUGCCCCCUAAAAAGCCUGUUCCCCCUCCGGGAAAAGGACUGCUGCGUCCAGUGGCACUGCAGCCAAGACGACCUGAAAAACCUCUUGCUCCGUCUCCAGUAGCUAAGCAUAAUGGGGAGGUGCCAAACACACGACCAAAGUCAGACACCGAACCGUCGUUACCCAGCAAACCAAAAACACUCUCCGGGGACUGGGCUGAGAAGACCACAAACUCGGAUCUUAUGAGUUUUGAUGAAAUGUCCGCUACCUCUGAAAAGUUGUCUCACCCGACCGCAAACAGACCAAAGAUGCCUGGCAGGCGACUCCCAGCUCAUUUCAGUGGAAGCCAGUCUCCAAACAAAGAAGCCUGCGAAAAAGCUUCCAAAACAGAAGAAGAAGAAACUCCGAGACCAAAGUCAUCUGAAAAUUUCAAGCUUUCCCACGUAACUCCAUCCAGUGUGCAUAAGGCUGCAAGUUUUUCCACUCCCGAGCCCAGAGCGAAAACUGUGGUGGACGAAGGGAAAGGCAAAGAAAUCGAUGAGAUCAGGACUCAGAUUAAGGAGCUGCUGCUGUCUGUAGAGUUACUGAAGACGCAGCAAACGAGAGAGCUUUCAGACCUAAGAAGUGAGCUGGAUGAAGAGCGGUUGAAACGUGUGGCUCUGCAGAUGGAGAUAGAGAAAUUAAAAAAGCAGGUACAAUCAACAUAAGGUGUGCUGCUGAAACCGAGGCGUCACGACUCGAUGCUAGUCCACGAGUGGCAGAUAUCAUUCCCUUAAUCCCUGAGUCACUGACCUACUCCAGAAAUUGUAAGAUUUACAUUUGCACAUAAUGAGCAUUUUUUAUGGUAUAGAGCGGUGUAAUUAAGACUGAUGUAUAUGGUUUUUUUCUUGCUGUCUUUUUUUUUCCCUCCUUUUUAUUUUUUUUAUUUUUGCCAACAACAAUUGAGGCCUUACUAUAUACUACUGUGCUGGAUCUGCAGGCUCCACAUUCACAUGGGCCGAUUUGCAAUUUAAUACUACUGAAGCUGUAUAAAGUCAGAAAUGGGAUUCUCUUGUUUUCUUCAUCGUUAUGUCAUGGGGUAGUUUUCUUUGUUUGUUUUGUUUUGUUUUUCUCCCCACACGCUAGUACGAUUGCAGCAAUAAUCUUUGGAUAUUAAUCCCACUUCAGAUUACUCUGGAUUAUAAUAUAACCUCUCCGCUGCUAUAGUCACUAUGUAUUCUGUCGCUUUGUCCAGAGGGAGCUUUCCUUUAAUCCUUUCCUUACAUUUUCAUCCAGGGUGAUACUAUUGUGCCUGUUUUACAAGUGUUAAUAUCGGAACCUCGUUUAUUGCUUAGCUUUGCAGCAAGAUAUAUUUUUACCAGCCAUUGCACAGAAUGGGAAUAUACGUACAUGCGUAUACACAGGUAGGGAAAGG